UUAAUAGAACCUAAAGGGUUUUCUUCCGCUUUCCUUGACCCAUUUUACACCGCUUAUCAGCCUCAUUUCGGCUUUUCAAUCUUCUACCACUAACUGAAAUACCCCCCCUUCAUAAAUUCUACGGGAACGACUAAUACUAAACAACACCCCCCCUCCCCCAAAAAGACUGACUGACAUCCAACAACUUGGAAUCCACCUAAAAAAAAAAAAUCAGAAGUAAAAGGCCAGUUACUCAGAAAAAAAUGGCUGACAACAGUGAUAUCAACACUGUUCUCAGCAACUCGCUCUCACCAGACGCGGCUACGCGAACUAGUGCCGAGCAACAGCUUACCCAAGCUGCCGAAAACAACUUUCCCCUGUAUCUCGCGACCCUAGUUCAAUCAUUGGCAGACGAGAAUGCCCAGGGAAACAUCAGAGUGGCUGCGGGUCUAGCCUUAAAGAACGCAUUCAGUGCCCGCGAAUUUUCCCGACAACAUGAACUACAGAUGAAAUGGCUGCAACAGACGGAUCAAGAGACCAAGACUCGUGUCAAGGAACUCGCCAUCCAGACACUGACCUCCAGCAACGCGCAAGCUGGCCAAGCCUCUGCCCAGGUUAUCGCCGCUAUCGCCGCUAUCGAACUACCUAGGAACCAAUGGCCAGAUCUUCUGCAGGUCUUGGUUCAAAAUGUUAGCGCGGGUGCGCCUCAUCAGAAGCAAGCUUCGUUGACCUGUAUAGGGUACAUCUGCGAAAGCCAGGAUCCCGAGCUUCGAACUGCCCUAAUCGGUCACUCCAAUGCCAUCCUUACCGCCGUCGUCCAAGGUGCGCGCAAGGAAGAGACAAACGCAGAAGUUCGUUUCUCUGCUAUAUCCGCACUUGGCGACUCUCUCGAAUUCGUUGGCAACAACUUCAAGCACGAGGGCGAGAGGAACUACAUCAUGCAGGUUGUUUGCGAGGCCACCCAAGCCGACGAUCCACGCAUACAGCAGGGCGCCUUCGGCUGCCUCAACCGCAUAAUGGGUCUUUACUAUGAGAACAUGCGCUACUACAUGGAGAAGGCCCUCUUUGGCCUAACGAUCCUGGGCAUGAAGAAUGAGGAUGAGGACGUGGCGAAGCUUGCUGUGGAAUUCUGGAGUACUGUGUGUGAAGAGGAGAUAAACAUAGAAGAGGAUAACGCGCAGGUCGAUAGCGCCGAUCAGAUGCGCCCCUUCUAUAACUUUGCCCGCGUUGCGACUGGCGAAGUUGUGCCUGCUUUGCUACAACUUCUCACAAAGCAAGAUGAGGAUGCCACGGAUGAUGAGUACAACUUGGCACGAGCUGCGUACCAAUGUCUUCAGCUUUAUGCCCAAGCCGUUGGGGCGAAUAUCAUCCAGCCCGUCAUUCAGUUUGUCGAGCAGCACCUUCGAUCGGAGGACUGGCAUUACCGGGAGGCUGCGGUGGCUGCUUUUGGAGCAAUCAUGGAAGGUCCCGAGGAGAAAGUCCUCGAACCUAUCGUCAAGCAAGCCUUACCCAUCCUGAUUAGUAUGAUGGAGGACAGCUCUACUUUCGUCAAGGACUCGACUGCUUACGCCCUCGGCCGCAUUACGGAUGCUUGCUCGCAGGCUAUUGAUCCCAACACGCAUUUAGACCCUCUGAUUCGGUCUCUAUUCGCCGGUGUACACGAUGUUAAGAUGUCAGCGUCUUGCUGUUGGGCUCUGAUGAACUUGGCAGAACGUUUCUCUGGAGACUUCGACGCUCCUACCAACCCCAUUACGCCUCACUUUAACCAGAGCGUUCAGAACCUUUUGGCCGUCACAUCGCAACCUAACAUAGAGACAUCGGUUCGUACCACCUCUUACGAAGUCCUCAGCGCUUUCGUCCAGCAUGCCGCGGCAGAGAGUUUCCCGGCUAUUGCCCAGCUCUCCGACGUGAUCAUCAAGCGACUCGAAGAGACUAUCCCCCUGCAGAACCAGGUUGUCAGCAUAGAAGACAAGAUUGCGUUGGAAGAGAUGCAGACAAGCUUAAGCACUGUCCUACAGUCGAUUAUCCAGCGACUGGAGAAGGAGAUCUCUCCUCAAGGAGACAGGAUUAUGCAGGUCUCGCUUCAGAUCCUCAGCACGGCCGGAGCCAAGUCUAGUGUUCCCGAGUCGAUCUUCGCCACGAUCAGCGGGUUAGCGAACGCGAUGGAAGAGGAUUUCGUCAAGUACAUGGAUGCUUUCGCCCCGUUCUUGUAUAACGCUCUUGGAAACCAGGAGGAACCCAGUCUCUGCUCUAUGGCCAUUGGGUUGGUCAGCGACAUAACCCGAUCCAUGGGCGAGCGCAGCCAGCCGUACUGCGACAACUUCAUGAACUAUCUCUUGAACAAUCUCAGGGUGCAGAGUACGACCCUCUCGAACCAGUUCAAGCCUGCCAUCCUCCAAUGCUUUGGCGACAUUGCCAAUGCUAUCGGCGGACAUUUCGAGACUUAUCUUUCGGUCGUUGCCCAGGUCUUGCAACAGGCCGCAACCGUCACGGCGGCACCUGAUGGUUCCUACGAACUUUACGACUAUGUCAUCUCCCUACGGGAAGGUAUUAUGGAUGCCUGGGGUGGCAUUAUUGGUGCCAUGAAGCAGAGCGGCAAGACUGCAGCUUUACAACCCUAUGUGCAGUCCAUUUUCCAGCUGCUAAACAUCAUAUCCCAAGAUAUGAACCGCAGCGAGUCUCUCAUGCGGUCGUCUAUGGGCGUUAUUGGCGACCUUGCCGAUGCAUUCCCCAAUGGCGAGCUUGCCGAAGCUUUCAGACAGGAUUGGAUUACUGCUAUGAUCAAGGAAACUAAGACGAACAGAGAGUUCCAGCCUCGUACGAUCGAAACAGCCCGAUGGGCCCGAGAGCAAGUUAAGCGACAACUAGGUGGCUCCCAGGCUAUCAUGCAACAAACUUGAGCUUCGACCUUGUAGUCGUCCGAGCUUACUGUCCACCCCAUCCCACCCCAUUCAUCAAUGUACUGCCACGCGUCACCACACUUGAUCCUCCCGACGAACAAGCCCGACUCAGGUCUGGCCUUGUAUACAAAGUUCGGAGGGGAACCCAGCAUCACAAUUUCCCUGCCCGAACCCCUGCACCAAAUGAAUCCCAUGUGUAUAUAGAAUCCCCAUUCCCCUUUGCCCCUAGUAAUCCAAUACCCCUUGUUACCGAAUUCACUAUGGAAAUUCCCCCCCUUGUCACAACACACACCUAUCCCAUACACCAACACAUUUUGCUGAGUUUUCCUUCGGUUUGGACUGCAAAGCCAUAACGGAGAUAUGUCUAGUCCCUUUUAGAGAGAAGAUCACGUCAUGUACGCCCCCUUACUACG